CCCCAACGGUGGUGCUCUUGCUACUGCAUACGCCAUCCAUCGAUGCAGAUGAGCAAGGAAUUGCGCACACGCAACGCAUUGCUUACGCUGGAACUAAACUAGACUGACUCUUACUGUUCCUAAUUGGUUUCUACUACUACUUUGCUGUUGCUGCUGCUGCUAUUACUACUACUACUCCUAGUGCCGUCUAUAUUAUCUGCCUACUGGCCGCUCUCCCCCGCCCGCCCUUCGCAGGUAGGUGGUACUGUAUAUAGAGCGGUUCAUGGCUGCACUGCAACGUUCUCUGCAGAACACCAGCCCAAAAGAGGGGUAGAGCAGUUUUGGUUGCUUCGUCUAUCGCCUGGCAUCACUAUUAUUUACCUGCUUUUUGCCUCUUCCUCUGCUCGUCACAGUAGCAUUCGUCUGGCUAACUGCUACGCUGCAACAAACAGGUCCCCCGCCACCACGGCCUUCCCCUCACACGAUCACAAGUGCCGUUCUACACAAAACGAGAGAGGCGUCUGUCAGCCCACCCGCGGACAUCCCGGUGCUGCUAUUAUCCAGCACUGCUCUGAUAUCAUUGUGGCCUCUUGGCAAAACCACUCACCUGCCUUUUGCCUUUCCGCGUCGAUCCCCACGAUACCACAAUACAAAGCCCCGGCCGGCCCCAGAGCGGGUUGCCCUUCCCCACGAAAGCGCAGCCUUCUUUCUCUCUCCUCCUUUCUCUCGCUCCCCCGCUUUCUCAUCCCUCUUCUUCUUCUGCUUUCUCUUUCUUUUCUCCUCCACUUCUGCUCAACACCGCUUCAACACGGCUCUUCCUUUCGUACACGAACUCGAAAGAACAAGAAACAUCGCCAGCAAUGCAGCCCUAGCACGAAACAUCCACCAGCGUUGACAUUUUUUUUAAAAAAGACCCAGAAAGAUCACACGCUAGGCCCGAGCCACAAACGACACAAAGCACCAUGGCAAACCUUCCCUCUCAGCACCCCACCCUCUCUCUCCACCUCACCGACGUCACGCUUACCCCUCUCAUCACAUCCUCCAACUCGCGCUCCAAGCUUGCGUCUCUGACAUCGUUGACAAAUGGUGCUCUGCACUCAAGAGCAGCUGCUCAGCGAGCAAACCUGGGCACGCCCCAGCGCAUCAUGGUCGAGUAUCCCGGCGCCGGCGCCGUAGUUGUCCAAUCCUAUCUCGACCCGCUUGACGGCCCCGAUGGCAGCAGCUGCGCAUCGCCCACAGUAUCCCGCGCCCCAGGCUCGGAACACAGAGGCAGCACAAGCUCCAUGAGCAGCGCCGGUACUAUCAUUGACGAAGAUGCCGUGCCCAUGCUUGUCGGCGUCGUCGUUGCUGGCACGUCGGAAGAAGCCAAAGAGGCUCGACGUGCCGCCGCCAGGCUCGAGAGAGUCGGUCGAGACUUUCAGCGCGAGUGGUCGGCCCAAGAAGAACUAAAGCCCCCGCAAUAACGACCAUAUAUACGACCAUAGACGAGUUCCAUAUUUUUACAACUACCAUAUCGGACAUUUUGGGCGGCUAUCUGCGACUUUAUUUACACUUGCAUCCAUCCGACAUAUACACACUAGAGUCUAUCCCGUCGAAUGUCUUUGUACAUAGCUUCUUUUUCCUGGUUUGUUUUGCAUGAUCUGAUACGCACGUAAUACCCUCGGAAUAUACUUUUUCUUCUUUUUUAAUUAUUAUGAUACAUCUACUUUAUUUACUUUUGCAAUCGUUGCGGGGCUGGCUCUUUGGUUAAUAUCUCAAAUCUCAGUUAUCAUAACCCCCAGCUGCUACUAUGACGUAUACACACGAAGCAGCACCUGUACACAUCUCAC